AUGUCCUAUUUUCUUUUGGCCGUUGGGCUGUGCCUCAUCACGCGAGUUGUUUCCCAGACGCCCUCGACAUAUUUCAUCAACCCUCCGGCAGCAGGGGAUGAAUUGUUCUUCGCCGAAAACCAGGCCUACGCUGUUGGCUCUACGUUCAAUGUAGAAUGGGUCACUGACGAGGAUGCCUACAACAUAUUCCUGUGGCAACAAAGCCUGACAGUCCAGUCCGCUGCGGAAGGGAGCAGUCCUAUAUACACUAAAAUCACCGGCUCAGAUGAAGAAGGAGGGUUUUCCUGGACAGUUUCCUCACAACAGUUUAGCCUGGUUCAAUCAAAUGUCUUCUUCUUGGCACUGAGUCCAGCGGGGAAACAAGAUCUGGACGGCGCGACCACCUCCCAUUACUUCAAUGUGACGGCUGCAUCUGAAUCUACAUCAAGCUCGUCGUCAUCGGCGACAUCCACGCCGUCUUCCUCUGCUCCACCAACGUCAAUUUCAGUACCGACGACCACGGCAACGGUCACAUUCGCUCCGACCCCCAUUAUAUCCCCGUCGCAAACCGCUGUCUCGUCGUCGUCGUCGAAAUCGAACAACGCGACUGGCGUCGGGCUCGGGGUUGGCCUUGGGCUCGGCAUACCUCUGCUUCUCCUCCUUGGCUUUACGCUCAUGCCUCGAAAGUAUCGGAGGAAGCUUUUCGCCACCAAACCACCCUCGUACGCCAAUAGUGUCGAUCGGGACAACGCCUACACCGACCAUGCGGUGCCAUCCAAGCCCUAUGUCAAUGAACUACCCAGCACGGAGACGUCUCUCGCACGUGCUCAGCACAAUCAGUAUGCGGCACCGGUGGAGUUGGAUGGAUGGCAGACGCGGAUGUCAAGAGCAGGGCAACCCCCCUGA